AUGUCAUAAGUGAAAAAAAGCCUCUUAAAAGUAGAGAAACUAUAAUUUGAUAUCUACAUUAAUAAAUAGUUAAUUUAAGUGGAUUAUGAUGAUUAAACUACUGUAGAAGAAGUUCUUGACAUGAUUAAAAGAAAACAAAAUAUAUCUAAUUAAGAUGUUUCUUUGUAUUUGGCAAAAAAAAGUGGUGAACCUAAAUUAUCUUUUCCUGCUUUAGAGAAAAAUAGAAAACUAAUAAGAACAAAUGAAAAACGAUUUGUUGUUGUAGUGAAGUAAAUGGAACCAAAAAUAAUGAACGAAUUCCAUGAAAAAGAUUUAAAAAUAAUUGAGUAGAGAUAAUAAAAAUAAAGUAUUUUCAAAAAAUUUUUUGGAAUAUCAAUGACUUGUAAAUGA